CUCCGGACCAUGUGGUUCCCCACAUCGCUCCUGUUGCUGCUGUGCUGUCAAAGGGGAGGGUGAAGGAGGAGUGCUGCUCCCAUGCAUCCGAUGGCUUCUCUGUGUGUGUCGACUGGUUCAGGGCUUUGAUAACGAAUCUAUAUGGGCACCUGCUGGGUCUCUAACUUUAGCUGCAGCUUGCGCAGUCAUCAACGUAAUUUGGGGGGGAUGAGGGGGGUUCCAGUCCAGGUGAAAGGCUGCUCCUUCUGACAGGUGGUGCGCAAGAGAGGAUGGGCAGACGCGAGGCGGACAGCAGAGGCGCGAUGAGCACCAGCGACCGCUCCGAGCUCGGCUGCCUGCGGGACGCGGCGUCCACGGAGGAGUCCCCGAGGCCUGACAGCGCGGAGGCGGCGAUGGAGGUGAAGAAGCACCAGCACAAGCACAACCUGAAACACCGCUACGAGGUGAUGGAGACUCUGGGGAGAGGCACGUACGGCAAAGUGAAGAAGGCGGUGGAGAGAGCGAGCCUGAGGACGGUAGCGAUCAAGUCGAUCCGCAAAGAGCACAUCACAGACGACCUGGACAGAAUUCACAUCCAGAGAGAGAUCGAGAUCACGGCCUCGCUGAGGCACUCCAACAUCAUACGCUUCCACGAGGUGUUUGAGAGCCGGGAUAAGAUCGUGAUUGUGAUGGAGUUCGCCAGCAGGGGAGAGCUGUACGACUACAUCCAGGAGAGGAGGCGACUGCCUGAAUCGGAAGCCAGAAGCAUCUUCAGACAAAUCACCUCUGCUGUCCACUACUGCCACAAGAACGGCGUUGUGCAUCGAGACCUCAAGCUGGAGAACAUCCUUUUAGAUCAAGAUUUCAACGUGAAGCUGGCUGACUUUGGCCUUUCCAAUCAUUUCCAGAGGGGCACUCUUCUGCAGACGUACUGUGGAAGUCCUCUCUACGCUGCCCCGGAGAUAGUGAAAGGACUGCCCUACCAGGGGCCGGAGGUGGACUGCUGGGCGCUGGGCGUGUUGCUUUACGCGCUGGUGUACAGCAGCAUGCCGUUCGAUGGGGCCAGCCACGCCUCGCUCACAGAGCAGAUCAGCCAAGGCCGCUACCGCAGACCCCACCCCCCCUCGGACGCCUGCGCUCUUAUCGACUGGUUGUUGGCGGUGCGCGUGGACGAGAGGGCUACGAUAGAGGACGUGGCCAACCACUGGUGGGUGAACUGGGGUUUUGAAGAGAGUGUGUGUGAUUGCCCUUCACCGCCACACCAAGAAUGCCCCUCCCCCCUGCUGGCUCGCUACAUCGACUGGCGGAAUCGGGUCGUAGCCACCAGCAACAUGGCCGUCGACCCGGCAUGCCCAUCCUCAGACUCCUCCUGUCCGCCUCAGCUCUCGCCCCACCCCUUUUACUUCAGCUUACCUUUGAGGAGCGAUCGUGCAGUAGGAGGAGGAAGGGUACGAGGGGCAAUGUCAAGCCUGAGGAAGUCACGCAAGGAGAAUACAAUUCCGCAGACUUCACUGGGAGCUUGUGGCGUUGGUGUUUGUGCAACAGCUGCCUCCUCCGCUGCGAUUUCCUCCACUUCCACCGUUGAAAGAAAGAAACCCAAAAGUAUCCUGAAACCCCAGAGGAGUUUUGACUCAGUCUUUCCCAGCGCUCCUAAAGAAAACCCCUCCUCCCAACCUUGUAACGCUGCUCCCCAGCCUCAUCGAUCACACACACUUGCCCACAUACAUGCUGAUGUGCUGUCCACCAGCCUGCCGCCUCCCUCGACAUUCAGUCAACCCUCAUCCAAAAUGCCCAAGAAGGGGAUACUGAAGAACUUGCACGGAGGGGAGUCGGGUCAUGGCUCGACCUCAGACGUGGGGAUCUCUGAGGUUAAAGACGGAGGGCAUGCAGGUGAUUUGUGCUCCCACAAACACUCUUGUCUCCCAGCGGCAGAAGACAGCCCCACCAUGCGCACAGAGGCGGUGAGAAGAAGGAAGGGAAUUCUGAAACGCAACGGCAAGUUCUCUCGCAGUCUGGAUCUUCCCGAUGAGCUCCGCUCAGCGCCCGCGAUGUUCCCGGAGGCCCUGCAGCAGCUCCUCUGGGCCACAGGGGGCGCCGAGGGACGCCGCAGCCGUCCCUCCAGCGUGGUGAGCGAGGACAGCCUCUUCUCCUCCGAUUCCUUCGACCUCCUGGACCUCAGCGCCCAAUCGCGUCGCAGGUUCUUCUCCCGGGGGAGGCGGCACAGCGCCUGCAGCUCCGAGGAGGACCUGGAGCAGCUGAGAGCCGAGGCGGACGGAGUCAGCGGGGACGGCGGAGGACAGAAGGAAAUGCUAACAUGAGCAUGAGGAGCGACGGAGACAUGAAAAGUUGGGUUGGACACCAGCUCCUUUGCUUCACUUGUCCGUGAUUGUCAGUGCCUGCUGUCUUGAGAAGACUUUAAUGAACUCUGGACAGGUUGCAUCUCGAGAACGAGGACUCUGCCGUGCGUUUGUACUGCCAAUGUAAAGCUCCAUGUACUUGGUGUAUUUGUCUGUAAUGAUAAAUGGAACUGUAUUCUGAAAGAGAGUGACUAGACCGACACCUAAAGGGAAUCCAGUGUCUGCCAACAUUUUGAGAUGAGUCUAUUUAAUGAACUUACUCUGACCUCACCUGAACCUCUAAUCAGAUGAGUCUUGAACAUCUUGAGUCUGGAUGCUGCCAUCUGGUAAAGUUCGGGCCUGUGUCCACACAGCGUCUCAAUUGUUCCCAAUGAGGAGAGAGCGCAUGAGGCCGUCUAGAGGAAAGAACGUUCCACCCAGCAUCUUCAUUUCUCAGCACGCCGCCUUUUUUUGUGCAGCCGCUCCGACAUAUUUACGCCUAUAUGACGUUAUUUUGAGUGUUGAUGGAGCUGCUGCAAUGUUAGCUUAGCCUAGCACCAAUCGAUCCAAAACUCCA